GACGGCGUCUUUUUGUCGUCUGGAGCUUCCUCUCGGCUGGAGAAACUUCACCGGGGAGAGCUUUGAACACAAAUCAUCCAGACAAAGCAAGAACGUGAAACCCAUUUUCAUUUCCAGUUUAAUUUUUCAUUCCCUCAGAAGAUUCGCUGGUUCCUUUCUCUGUGUCUUUGCUCUAAGGCUAUGCCAAGAUGACUCUCUGUACUCCCAUCAGCACGUGCACCAAAAAUGCAGUCUGCUUAAUUGGAAAUGUACAAAGACAUAUGAUUGUUCGUGUUUCUGAUGCCGUUGUGCAAUCCACAUGCUAUUACUAUACCUUGAGCAAGCAUCCAAGAUUGCAUUAUUCUACCACCUUUGCAUCGAAAGCAAAUUCUUGUUCACUUGUAAAUGGCCUUCAAGCAUUUCAAAGGAACUGCUUUGGAUCUAUGACAGCCAAACGUAAUACUAGUUGCCAUUCAUUGACGGUAAAAAGCAAUCUAAGUCCCAGACGUCGUCGAAAGACACAAGUCAACAUUUCAACUGGAAACCCAGACAUAAGUCUGAGACUUUUGGUGCCUAAACAAACACAAACUUCCAAAAUAAAAUGUAGUCUAGGACCUUUUUCUUGGAAACAGCAAAGUGUAUCUGCUGGCCUUUUUAUCAGUUUGUUAGUUUGUUUUUCUACUUCUCAACCUUCUUAUGCUGAAGCGCCGGAGGGAAAUGAAAAGAAAGAAGGUUAUUGUGAUGCUUCUUCUGCUGACUAUUCUCACAAGAAGAAACUCUUGACAGACUACGCUGUGAUUGGAAUACCUGGAGAUGGGAGAUGCUUGUUCCGUUCGGUUGCUCAUGGAGCUUGCAUACGAUCAGGAAAGCCUGUUCCAAAUGAGAACCUUCAAAGGGAACUAGCAGAUGAAUUACGGGCUAGAGUGGCUGAUGAAUUUAUCAAGAGACGGAAAGAAACAGAAUGGUUCAUAGAAGGCGAUUUUGAUACAUACGUUUCACAAAUAAGGAAGCCUCAUGUAUGGGGAGGUGAACCUGAAUUAUUGAUGGCUUCUCAUGUUCUCCAGAUGCCAAUCACAGUCUACAUGCUCGACCAAGAGUCUGGUGGUUUGAUAUCUAUUGCUGAGUAUGGGCAAGAGUAUGGUAAGGACAAUCCUAUUCUAGUCCUCUACCAUGGUUAUGGUCAUUAUGAUGCACUUCACAUUCCUGGUAAAGGAGGGGCAAGGCCAAGACUUUGAGAUGCCAUUCCAUAAACGAUAAACGGCUGAGUUUUUAAGGAAUUAUGCACUAUGCAGCAGCUGACUCCAAGCAACUUCAGAGUAUAAAUAGAGCGUUUCUACGUAACUAUGGUUAGCCCGAGAACAUCAGUAGCUGAGAACUUUCUGUGAAUCAACUGUAUAUUUCAUGUCAUUGAAUAUGUUGAUCUUAAUUAUAAGUUGGAAAACGCGUGCAUGACGUAGUAAUGACAUAUGAUUCUGAAUUACUGAAACUUCUGCUGGAUUUA